GUGUCCGCGUCCCGCGGGGCGCCUAUUUCGAGAUGGGCAGGUGGCGAGCGUACAUGGAGGUCGGAGUAUGAGACAGUUUGAAACACGUGGUCCGCUUCCGGUCUCGUUGCGAUACGAAGGCCAGAAAGAAAGCUGUGCGCCUUGAACCGAUCGCCGAGCUCUCUCUCUCUCUCUCUCUCUCUCGUCCUGCCUCGACUUCAGACAUGCCUCCGGUUCUCGUUCUUGGAGGUAAUUUCUUCGGUCGAGGUCGACCUCUGGCCACCUGCGGUACAUCUUUUCGUUUCUCGGAGGUGAUUUGUUCGGUCCGAGCUUUUUACGCGCAAUCGGAGCUCGAAUGGGAACUUUUUCGAGAGAAUUUUCUUCCCACUUACCUGCAGUGAGAGCGCAGGAUGCGCUCUCUUUCCCGAUAAAAGAAAUAAAAAAUGGGGUCUGAAACUCUUGCACGUAAAGAGCGUGAGCGUGAGCAUCAGUCAGAGGGUCCAGGCACCAGGCACCAUGUAGCGACGAACUUUCCUGCUGUGAUUCUCUGUCGUUGCUGCUGCAAACUGCGCGGUGUUUGAGUGAGCGACCUGAAACGAGGAGAAGAGCUUUUGUUUGUCUGUCCGAUUUAAAGCACUCAUGAGGCGUGACAGGCUUCCUGCUAUCGAGAAUAACUUGAAACGAUGACACAUUCUUCUGUUUGUUUGCUCUAGUCUGCAGCGCUGUUCACGACUAAUUACGAGUUUUUAUUAUUCGGCGGAGGAAGCUCGACCAAGAAAGAUAACGUUGAACAUCGACUGUUGAGGACCUAAAAGAUGAACCAAGAUUUGCUCCUAGUAAGAAGGAGAAACAUCCGAUAAUGAAAAGUUAUACUUUCAAAGCUUCUCAGGAGGUACAGUUUUUGCUCUCUUACCUGGCCAUAGAAAGACAAAGGGCGGGAUCAAGCUGACUCGCUCAUGCUUAUCAGUACAAUUCGCAAGCGAAAACGACAUUGUAUCAUUCAAAUCAACGGUCGAGUAUCAUUCAUUUACUAUUGGUCAGCAUCAUAUCAGUGGCCGCCCCAUGAUGGGACAAGAAUGGGAAGUCGGGAAACACAAGGAGCAACAACCAUGUCCCGCUUGGUUGAAGCUAUCAUACAACAUCCCAGAAUGUACAGUGGCACUGUUCACAGAAUUGAUUUCGAACUCCAAUGGCAGUGAAGGCUACUUGAUUUUCUGCUUUAUUCCCCAGCGUGUGUAUUUAGUCAGUCAAGUGUUGACGGAGGGACGUCGAGACGAAGGUCUGCAUAAUUGCAACGUCUGUCAGAAUAUAUACAUUUCCCCGACCUACGUCAAAACUCUGGACACACCCGAUACAUACGUGGCCUCGGUCUCAGCGUUGUUACCUGAGGAAAAAGGCAGUGGUAUUUGGUACACAUCCUUCAGGAUGUAUGAACGAACUUAUGAACCUGACUUGAAGUACCGGUAGAAGAACUUAAACCCUGACGAAAGUGGACUAAAUUUGGCCUACUCUGUACGGUGAGCUGAUUGGUCAUAAAUCAUAUUUUACCGAGAAAUACAGUUACAGAAUUUGAACUUACUGUGGGGAGGUUCGUCACAUGUGAUUCAGCAACUUGAUAUUAGUAAGAUCAUCUUCUGCUAUCUGUGAGGAAGAUCUGAGACUAUAAAACACUGAUACCUGGAGUAUUGAUUAAAAAGACCGAUAUUAUCUCCACUUCCUU